GACAAAAGUCUCCAUUAUGUGGUGUGUGAGUUUAUUUGCUGCAUCACUUCUGCUCACAGCGAAUGCUUCAAAAAAAUGCUACGAUAAUGUUGGAUGCUUCAGUAAUGCCUGGCCAUUCUGGAACACUUUUGGUAUCCUUCCACGUUCCCCGGAAGAAAAUGGAAUCACUUUCCAUCUGUAUACUCGUAUCAAUCCAACAAACGACCAAGUGUUAGAUCCCAAUGGCUCUGGGACGUCUGUGAUGUCGACAAACUUCAAUGGUGCACACAAGACGGUGUUUAUAAUUCAUGGUUUCAACGGAAAAAAAGAAAAUAAUUGGAUAACACUUAUGAAUAGCGCCCUCAUACAAUAUUUUGAUGUAAAUGUAAUAGUUGUGGUAUGGGCAGAGGGAGCGAAGAUUAACUACAUCCAAGCUGUAGCAAACACUCGUGUUGUGGGUGCUGUUACUGCCAACAUGAUCAAACUAUUACAGAGGUCGAGUAGUUUGACCUUAGACAAUGUACAUGUAGUUGGACACAGUCUAGGUGCCCAUGUUGCUGGUUAUGUUGGAGAAAUAAUACCGGACAUUGGUAGAAUAACAGGUCUAGAUCCUGCAGGUCCGUCAUUCUAUACUGUAAAUGUGAGAGUGAGAUUGGAUUCUUCUGAUGCCAAAUUUGUUGACGUUAUACACACAGACGUAGUUUUUGGUUUGCAAAAGGAAAUGGGGCACGCAGAUUUCUUUCCAAACGGAGGGAAAUUCCAACCUGGAUGUUUAACUGACACAAUAGCACCUGUUUACAGUUGUGCCCACAUGAGAGCACUUUACUACUUCAUUGAAUCUGUUAAUCCAAACUGCAAGUUUACCUCCAACAUAUGUAAAAAUUGGGAUGAUUUUAAGGAUGGAAAUUGUGAAAGUUGUGAAAGCGGCUGUCAAAAGAUGGGGUACAAUUUGGCAUACAAUGCAAAUGGAAAGUACUACCUGAGAACAGGCUCUGAUUCUCCCUACUGUGAUUAUUGACAAUAACCAAUAAAAUGAAUUAUAAACUA